GUCUCUCACAUUCCACAAAGCCAAUCACUACUGUUAUCGAUGCAUAUAUUUGUGUGUGCGCGCGCGCGCGUCUAGGAUCAUAUGUGGUGUGAUCUCUAUCGCUUCGAAGGCUGCUAGUUUGGACUGCGAGGUUGAGAGACUGAGUCAUCAUGCAGAGGACCGGAAACGAGGAGGAUGGGAAGCAGGAGGGGUCGGACAUCGUCGAGACCGAGAGCGUCGGCAGCGACCGCGGGGGCUUCAGUGGCCCGCUCAGCAAGCGCGGCAGCCGGAAGAGCGCCCGCUUCAACCUCCCGGCCCCCGCCGCCGGAGUCGAUGACGAGGCCUACGUGGAGAUCACCCUGGACGUGCGCGAGGACACAGUGGCGGUGCACAGCGUCAAGCCGGCGGCCGGCGGCGGAGGGGGCGGGGAGGUGGAGAAUCCGGAGAUGUCGCUGCUGGCGCGGACGCUGGAGCAGCGGUCGGCGUCGUUCGGGUCGUCGGUGAUCCGGACCGCCUCGUCGCGGAUCCGGCAGGUGUCCCAGGAGCUCCGGCAGCUGGCAUCGGCGACCAAGCGGCCGGCCGUCGGGAAAUUCGACCGGUCCAGGUCGGCCGCGGCCCACGCGCUCAAGGGGCUCAAGUUCAUCACCAAGACCGACGGCGCCACCGGGUGGCCGGCGGUCGAGAAGCGCUUCGACGAGCUUGCCGUCGACGGCGCUCUCCACCGCUCCGUCUUCGGCCAGUGCAUCGGCAUGAAAGAGAAGGAGUUCGCCGGAGAGCUAUUCGACGCGAUGGCGAGGAGGAGAAAUAUCACCGGCGACAAGAUCACCAAGGCCGAGCUACGAGAGUUCUGGGAGCAGAUCGCCGACCAGAGCUUCGACUCCAGGCUUCAGACCUUCUUCGACAUGGUGGACAAGAACUUGGACGGACGAAUAACAGAAGAAGAGGUCAAAGAGAUCAUCUCCCUGAGCGCCUCCGCCAACAAGCUGUCGAAGAUCCAAGAGCAGGCGGAGGAGUAUGCGCGGCUCAUCAUGGAAGAGCUCGACCCCAACGAGCUUGGCUACAUUGAGAUAUACAACCUGGAGAUGCUGUUGCUGCAAGCCCCGAGCCAGUCGAUGAGGAUAGGGACGACCAAUAGCCGGAACCUGAGCCAGCUGCUGAGCCAGAAUCUGAGGCCGACGCAGGAGCCGAACCCGGUCCGGCGGUGGUACCAGCGCACCAAGUACUUCCUGGAGGACAACUGGCAGCGGGUGUGGGUGAUGGCGCUGUGGCUCUGCGCCUGCGCCGCCCUCUUCACCUGGAAGUUCAUCCAGUAUCGCCACCGGGCGGUGUACCACGUCAUGGGCUACUGCGUCUGCGUCGCCAAGGGCGGCGCCGAGACCCUCAAGUUCAACAUGGCCCUCAUCCUCCUCCCCGUCUGCCGGAACACCGUCACCUGGCUCCGCACCAAAACCAAGCUCGGCAAGAUCGUCCCCUUCGAUGACAAUCUCAACUUCCACAAGGUGAUCGCGGUCGGGAUUGCUGUGGGUGUCGGGCUACAUGCCAUCUCGCACUUGACGUGCGACUUCCCACGGCUGCUGCACGCGACCGACGCGGAGUACGAGCCGAUGAAACACUUCUUCGGGUACACCAGGCCGAACAACUACUGGUGGUUCGUGAAGGGCACCGAGGGCUGGACGGGGGUGGUGAUGGUGGUGCUGAUGGCCGUCGCCUUCACGCUAGCCACGCCGUGGUUCCGCCGCGGCCGGGUCAGCUUGCCCAGGCCCUUUAACCGCCUCACCGGCUUCAACGCCUUCUGGUACUCCCACCACCUCUUCGUCAUCGUCUACAUCCUCUUCAUCGUCCACGGCUACUUCCUCUACCUCACAAAGAAAUGGUACAAGAGAACGACUUGGAUGUAUCUGGCGGUCCCGAUGAUCCUCUACGCGAGCGAACGGCUGAUAAGGGCCUUCAGGUCGAGCAUCAGGCCGGUUAAGAUACGGAAGGUGGCGGUGUAUCCCGGCAACGUGUUGGCUCUCCAUGUGUCCAAGCCGCAGGGCUUCAAGUACCGAAGUGGACAGUACGUCUUCGUCAACUGCGCUGCCGUCUCCCCCUUCCAAUGGCAUCCGUUCUCCAUCACCUCGGCUCCGCAAGACGACUACAUCAGCGUGCACAUACGGACGCUCGGUGACUGGACCAGGCAGCUGAAAGCGGUUUUCUCCGAGGUGUGUCAGCCACCGACCGGCGGGAAAAGUGGUUUGCUGAGAGCUGACUACGGCGACAGCAGCAACAAUAGAGCCAAUCCGAGCUUUCCGAGGGUGUUGAUCGAUGGGCCUUACGGUGCACCCGCCCAAGACUACAAGAAGUACGAGGUGGUGCUGUUGGUGGGGCUAGGCAUCGGCGCCACCCCAUUCAUCAGCAUCGUCAAAGACAUCGUCAACAACAUUAAGCAAUUGGAGUCCCUGGGACUGUCGGACAUCGACGAUGACGACCUCAAGAACGGCGGCGGCGGCGUUAGCAACAGCAGCAAUGGCGACCACAAGCGGCACGCCUCCACCUCGGUAUCGACGUCGUCCUUCAGGACGCGGCGGGCCUACUUCUACUGGGUGACGCGGGAGCAGGAUUCGUUCGAGUGGUUCCGGGGGGUGAUGAACGAGGUGGCAGAGACGGACAAGAAGGGGGUGAUCGAGCUGCACAACUACUGCACCAGCGUGUACGAGGAGGGCGACGCCCGCUCAGCCCUAAUCGCCAUGCUGCAGUCCCUCAACCACGCCAAGCACGGCGUGGACGUGGUGUCGGGCACCCGCGUCAAGUCCCACUUCGCCCGCCCCAACUGGCGCAACGUCUACAAGCGGAUCGCCCUCAACCACCGCGACAAACGCAUCGGUGUAUUCUACUGCGGAGCCCCAACACUGACGAAAGAGCUACGCCAGCUAGCGCAGGACUUCUCGCACAAGACCACUACAAAGUUCGACUUCCACAAAGAGAACUUUUGAGCCAUAGAUUUUGGACUUAUGGUUGUAGCAGCCCAUACAGAUAUAUAUAGGAUUACUUAUUGUACAGUAUUUAUAUAGGUAGACUCGUUUGUAUUGGAUUCCUUGUCCAAUGUCUUAAGAUUAAGCCACUAAAGUUUGUCUGUAGUUGGUCAUAGGUUGGAUGUAUGAACAUGACUUGGUCCACGACAACCAAAGACUGACAAACGAGUUAUAAGAUGUUUGAGGUGCAUCCUCGGCCACAAAGGGGCCAAGGAACCAACCAAACUUUCUUUGAAAAUUUUGCUUCUACUUUUCUAUUAGCUUCCUAAAUUGUUGGCAUUGUUAGGAUCGAGAGCACUAAGAGGGGGGGGGGGGUGAAUUAGUGCAGCGGAAAUCUUACAAUGAUUAAAAAUCAAAAGCUGCGUUCGUUCAAAAACUGUUAUGAUGCAAAAGCAAAUUCUCAGUUUGUAUCUAAGUGCAGUUUGCGUCUAAGCCCAGAUUGCGUCUAAGCGUAGUUUUGCGUCUAAGCGCAGUUUACGUCUAAACUCAGAUUUACGUCUAAACGCAGAUUUACGUCCAAACGCAGAUUUACGUCUAAACUCAGAUUUACGUCUAAACGCUGUUUUACGUCUAAACGCAGAUUUACGUCUAAACGCAGAUUUACGUCUAAACGUAGAUUUACGUCUAAACGCAGUUUUACGUCUAAACGCAGAUUUACGUCUAAACUCAAAAACUUGUUUGUAUACUUGCAGAAGGCAGUAUGCAGUUGGAAUCAAGAUGUAAAUGUGAACUGAGAUCUGAUGAUUGAGCGAGGAAAGCCGAUUUACGUCUGAAUGCAGUUUUACGUCUAAAUGCUGAAAAUCGUUCGUAAAAUCGUAGAGGACAGAUUGCAGUUAUCAAUAGGAUUAAAGUGUAAGUGUAAACUGCAAAGAAGCUCGUUCGUA